AUGAAUGGCCCCGAGUUUGACGAUCUCACUGAAAAGCUCGAAAAGCUUGACCCUUACAUUAGAGCUUCGUAUCACAAGUUCUUGGAGUUGAAUCAAGAUGUCCUAGCUUGGACAAUGGCUGUUGAUGGUCUCUUCUUGUUUGAUUUCCUUUGUCGGAGUGGGAUCGACAAGGAUUUCCUUAAGUCUUCAGAGCAUUUGAAAUUCUUGGCCGAUUCUUCGAGAAGGAAGCAGGCAGAAGAUGCAAUUAUGAGGGACGUGAUGAUGCUCGAGAACCAGAUGCCGAUCUUUGUAUUAGAGAAGCUCUUGACCCUUGAGUACCCUGGGAAUGGGAAAAUCGUCAAGGAAAGCUUCCAGCAGAUUUUGAAAGAAAGGGAAUGCAGAGUCGAAAUUCCUGAUGACAUAUUCAUCGAGGAGAAUGAAGACGUUCAGGGUAUGAAGAACCAGAAUUUCAAUGCCAAGGCGAAAAAAGGCUUUUUCCGUAUAAGUGAAAUUCGUACGGCCAAUAGUGUGGCCAUGAGUUUCUUAGAGUGUGUGGGAAACAAUCCCGUCACAGGUCAGAUGAUGAAACCCCACGUUGAGCUCAUCAUAGGCUUGAUGGAGCUCCCAGUCUCUGAUAUGACAUCAAGUUUAUCAGCUGCCCGGGCCAAACCUCCAGUCACCAGCCAGAACCCGACCACUACUUCCCUCUCCAAAGCGAGCAUUAAGUUCAACACAACCGACUACAUAAAGUCCAUCCACUUUGACAAGGGGACUGCCAUGUUCUUUCUUCCCAUUAUCAAACUAGGAGUCAACUCUGAGGUCAUAAAUCGAAACCUUAUAGCUUAUGAGACGAUGGCAAACAUGUCAAGCUUGAUGUUUGCCCGAUACAUCGAGCUUAUGGACGGGAUCAUAGACACUGAGGAUGACGUCAAGUUGCUCGUCAAGAACAAGAUUAUACUGCCAGAAGUUGGCGAUAGACUUGUGACUGGGGAACCAGCAAAGGUGGGUAUUGAAGACGCGACCUGGCUUGCCCUCCUUGUCGAGGUUACAGAGUUGGGGCUCAUUGAGCCGAUGGUGGAACUCCUAAAGUUAGGGGCCUAUUUGGAGAUGCCCAGUGAGGAGUAG